UUUUUUUGUCAUUUCAUUCGAGUUUUAUAUGUUUCUUUUUAAUUUUAAUUGCAUUUGAGAUGUAUUUUGGAUUUUUCACCAAAGCACGAGAUCUCACUCAGGUGGAGUUUAUAACGGCCGAAGAAAAAAUCGUAUAAAUGUAUCAUUUAUGUCUCACACUAUUCUUGUUCUUGGCGUUUAAUUUAAACUGGUUGGGGAAGUUUUGAAACUUUAUUAAUAAUUUUAGCUUUGAUUUUUCUUACCUGUUUUCCAAUGUAAAAUGCCAUGGAUACUUUUGUAUCAAUGCGAAGCUCUUCAGUAGUGAUUUAGACGCAGCCUUUUAACAUCAUAUUUGUGCCAAAUUGGAGAUCUUUUUUGUAGAUUUCAAUGAUUUUAAUGAAGUUUUUAGUCAUUUUUAGUGCUUUUCAAAUUGCAAUUGCACAGAGAUACAAUGUUUGUGGUGAUGCGGGACUGAAAUUUGUGUAUAUGAGUGCAGAAUUGGGUUGGGUUGGCAUUGGUUGGGCAUGGAUUCGUGAUCUGGGAGAUGUCCGGAAGUUUAAACUGGAUUUAGAAUAUGAAUCAUCAACAGAACCUGAUCCUAAUAAUUUAGGAAAACUACAAAUUUUGAAUAUUAUACCAGUUAAUCAUCCACAAAAUGAUAGAUUACUAAAUAUGGUCUAUGAAUUUAAGCCUGCGGCUCAGAAACACAAAACAAAUGUUACGAAAAUAGUUUGGGAUGGUGAAACGAUCUGUGAUCUAAAUGUAACAAAGCCAUAUGUGGUUAAAAUACACACUGAUUACAAUUUCUACACAAAGGAACGAACGUUUAGAACAGAAGUGAUUAAUAGAUUAACACCAAAACCAACAGUUGAACCUGUUCAAUUGAAUUCUAGCACAGAAGAUUAUGAUGAUAGUGAGGUUGUUGGAUGUGGUAGAGUUGAUACAAGGAACAUUUAUGUGCCAUUAGUCCUUGAAGGGCAGACUAUAGAAAGAGGACAAUGGCCAUGGUUAGUCUCAGUCUACUCGUACUCAAAAUCGAAAUUAGGAUUCCGAUGUGGAGCUACACUCAUCUCUAAUAAAUUAGUUGUAACGGCUGCUCAUUGCUUCUUUGAUGUUUACAAUCGAAAAAUCAAUUCAGAUGAUGUCCUCAUCAUUCUAGGACAGUAUAACCUAAAAAGACCACAAGAUCAAGGCAGCGAAAUUGUUUAUCCCGAAAGUGUGAAUAUUCACCCAACAUAUCGGAAACUAACAAAAAUUGAUUCAGAUAUUGCGGUUGUUGUUCUGGCCGAAAGAGUUCGCUUCACUCACUACAUCCGUCCUGCAUGCCUGUGGAAGGGUCCGGAUACUAAAGACAGCAUUGUUGGGAAGAGAGGAUACAUUGCUGGGUGGGGACGUGAUGAACAUGGAAAUUUCUUUUCGGAAUUACCCAAACAAAGUGAAAUUCCCGUAGUUUCCGAUGAAACAUGUCUACGAUCCCAUGAAGUUUUCGUCAGAAUUACAUCUUCAGUAACAUUCUGCGCAGGAUGGCGCAAUGGAACUGAAGGUCCUUGCAAUGGUGACUCAGGAGGGCCAUUUGUUUUUAAAAAGGAUGGUCGUUGGACUCUGAGAGGUGUUGUUUCAACAUCCCUGCUCACUGAUGGCAGCAAUACUUGCAAUCUCAAUGAAUACGUCGUCUUUACGGAUGUGGCUCAAUUUACAGACUGGAUUACUUCUUUUGAUACUGAUUAUAUAUAUUAACCUCUGAGAUGCGGAGGCCUUGGCACACCCUUAGAAUGCGAAGGUGGGGUCGUUGAGCGACCCCAAAAAGAAGGCCAAUUUUCUCCCAAACUAUACAACCGGGAACUGUCGGGUCACUACCUUUAGACUCCUUAUAUAGUCCUCUUGCCCCUUGCAUCACAAAUUCGCCACCCGGAAACACGCAGAAGAAGAUAUUAGGGAAAAACAUUUUUCACUCAUUUUUCACAAUUUCUUCUUGAGAAAUUUGCCACGAAGUUUACCGCAACCACUAUUUUUUCCACUACUUCCCCGCAUUCCCCUCACUUCCCGCACCGUGAUAAAUGGCAAUAUUUCUCGAAUAUUCUUUAUUGUUUUGCACACUUAUAUGCUUCUAAUUAUGUUUUAUGUUGUUUAUGUUACUUAUUCGCGAUAAUUCUGACACUGAGAAGGUAAAGUGAGAAAGUAAACACAACCCUUCAACCCCCUUCAACCAUAUGAUUUAUGAUGUGACUAACUUCAUUCUAAGAAAUUUUCCGCAGCAUGACCGUUACACCAAUUUUUGAAUUCCCUUCUUCUACAUUUUCCUUAAUAACUUUUCUUGUGGUGGUCGGAUUGAGCUGAAAUUUUUACACAACCUCCUCAGAUAACCAAGGAACUUAUUUCCAAAAGAUGGUAACGUUAUCUUUUAUAUUUAUUGAGUUAUAGCACGAAA